GCCGUAGUGUGCUCCGGGGCUGCUGGAUGCUCCAUGAUGGAUGAGGGAUGACAGAUCGAGGUUAGCCGCCGGGGGAGUCCAUUUUCCUGCAGCGCACGGUCCUAUACCCGGACAGAAAGUAAAGGAAGGAAGAUAAGGAGAGAGCAUCAACGCCCCCCCUCUCUCUUUCCCUCUUGUUUCACUCUCCCUCCUCUCCAGCGCAUCACAGUCUAGCGGGCUUUACACGCCGACUGCACCGCAUUGCCGCUGCUGCUGCCGCCGACCCAGCCCAGUGAACUAACGCGCAGAGGGGAGCACAGCUGGAAAUUAAAUGCUGCAGAGCGUGUGUUUGGAAAAUGCUUCAUUUUGCAUCACUCGUUUCCUCCCCUCUGCGUGCUUGUCCGAUUUCCCCAAGACUCUGAACGCUGACUGAGAAGAAAACUGCGAUUUGGGGAUAUUUUUGCUGCGGGCUUUGCAAGGAUUGCAGCUCAUCGCGAGGAUGGACUAAAGCUGCGCUCGGUGAUCCAACUCCUGGACCAUGCGGGUUCUGCAGCCUUGGACGUUAGUCAUAAUAUUCGGCCAUGCAGAUGUGCUGUUAUCCCUGAAAGAUAAUAAUGCAGAAGUUGGGAGCAAAGACGACGGCAUCAGCGGCGGCUACUCCGGCAGGACUUUCCACGGUCCGCCCCGGGAGAGCGGUCAAAACAAAGCCCGAGAACGCGCGCUCCUCCCGGGAUACGCCACAGGUGCGACCCUCAACUCCACUCGGCCGUGGAGGAAGGCGGCAGCGGGGGAGACGAGGAGAGCCGUCCACGGCAAACGCGUCUUCAAUAGGAGCGUGACACCCGUGGAGGAUCCCAUCGGAGUCCCCCACUGGGACGCGACGCGCCAUCACAAUAAGAGGAUAAAGUUGAAUGGGAGCGCGGGGACGCCGGCAGGUGGACACAACAAUGCGGCUAAGCCCCCUUCAAUGGCUCGGCAAGACGGAGGAGGGGUGCCGGAGGAGGGGGACAAGCACCAGCGAGGCUCAAAGGCGGGGAAGAGGUGGAGGACCAAACAGAACCGAAGCGCCGUGGUUCUGCCGCCGUGGGAACCCGUCCCCAAACCGGUGGCUCUCACCUCCACCGACCUCCCGUUCGACCUCUUCACCCGGCGGCCCGAGUUUUUCACCUUCAGGGAGGACAACCCGUGGGACGCCACCCCGAUCACGCCUCCCGGCUCGCCGGAUUUCGGAGACGAGAUCAAGAACCCGUUCUAUCCGGUGACGAGCGAAACUUUCGGCGCUUACGCCAUCACGUGCGUGUCGGGCGUCAUCUUCCUGGUGGGCAUCGCGGGCAACAUCGCCAUCCUGUGCAUCGUGUGCCAGAACUACUACAUGAAGAGCAUCUCCAACUCCCUGCUGGCCAAUCUGGCCGUGUGGGAUUUUGUGCUCAUCUUCUUCUGCCUGCCCAUGGUGGUUUUCCAUGAGCUCACCAAGUCAUGGCUCUUGGGAGAGUUCACCUGCAAAGUGGUGCCCUAUGUGGAGGUUGCCUCCUUGGGCGUGACUACAUUCACCCUCUGUGCACUCUGCAUUGACCGCUUCCGUGCUGCCACCAAUGUCCAGAUGUACUACGAGAUGAUCGAAAACUGCACUUCCACGACAGCCAAGUUGGCAGUCAUCUGGAUCGGCGCCCUCCUCUUGGCCCUCCCGGAGCUCCUCAUUCGACAGCUCGUGGUGGAGGACACAGGACUGCCGGACGAGCCCCCAGUCGAACGCUGCAUUAUCAGGAUAUCCACAUCCCUUCCUGACAUGCUUUACGUGCUUGGCCUGACCUACGAGGGGGCUCGGCUGUGGUGGUGCUUCGGCUGCUACUUCUGCCUCCCAACCCUCUUCACCAUCGGGUGCUCGCUGGUGACGGCGCGCAAGAUCCGGCACGCCGAACAGGCCAGUGUUCGCAGCAAUAAGAAGCAGAUCAGGCUGGAGAGCCAGAUGAACUGCACCGUGGUGGCUCUAGCAAUCGUGUAUGGCGCGUGCGUGGUGCCCGAGAACAUAUGCAACAUCGUGUCUGCAUACAUGGCGGCAGGUGUUCCAGAGCACACCAUGUCCAUCCUGCACCUCCUCUCCCAGCUGCUGCUGUUCUGUCGGGCCGCCGUGACUCCGGCGCUGCUGCUCCUGCUGUGUCGCCCGUUAGGGAGGGCCUUCCUGGACUGCUGCUGUUGCUGCUGCUGUAACCACGUACCCUCCUCGGCCACAGCCAGUGACGAUAACGAGCACGAGUGCACUACUGAACUGGAGCUGUCGCCGUUCAGCACUAUCCGCAGGGAACUGAGUAACUACACCCCGGCCGGCUCCAACUGCUGAGCCGACAGCCCCGAUCAGGGAGGGCAGUUUUGAUGGCCGGUUUGUGGCUUGUGUUUCUUGUGUUUGGCUAAGAGAGGUUUGCCUUAUCUAGUCUCCUCGCAUUUUGUAAAUGAGUGCAGAAAUGAGGUCGGACACCAAAAAUACAAUUCACCUUUAGCCAGCGGCCCUACACGUUUCAACGUUGUACAUCCCUAACCCUUAUUUUCCAGGAACAGCUAACAAAAACAAAAUAUUUUACACUCCCCCUUGGGUGCUAAUCAAACAAGGACAUUACAUAUUUUUAGCUAUUCUACCUGAAACCUUUAAGACUCACAAAGCGCCCAUCUGUAGGGUGUUUCUGCCCUAGAGUAACGAGCAGUUGACAAGGCCCCUUAACAUUUCUGGUCCAUGGUUUACCAAACAUUUGCCUGUAAGCCUUUACUUAUUACACUCAAAUUGAUUGGCACCCCUAGAAAUAUGUAAAAAUUAUUACAAUAUUUUCUUUGCUUUCCUUUUAUUGCAAUAGAAACUCAAAACCAUUGUGCAGUUCUUUUACAAAGGUCUUCGGAGAUUUUUCAUCUUACUGUUGCCUUCCUUGAAUUAUGCGUUUUGUCUUUCCCAUUUUGGAAAGUGACUAGGAGAUGACGUCUCUGUUGCAUCAUUAGAACUUGAUCAAAAUCAUUUGUAGAAAAAAAUUACAAUAAAUCACAUAUAGCACUGAAUAGAAAUUACCUUUAUUGUUCCUCAGUGGGGAAAUUCUUGUGUCCCAGCAGCAAAGGGAAAUAUAAAGAGAUGUAUGUAGAUACCCACAAUGCUAAAAAUAUAAAACAAAGAAUAGGAGACAGUAAGGGCAAAUUUACAGCAUGAGAGAAAUAUGCUGUACAGAUAUUUCAUUACCAGGAUGUAAGUAGUACUUCAAACCCCAAAAGGAAAACACAAGAGCAAGGAACAA